CUUUCUCCUGUCCCUGCCGGCCACCGUCAGCCGCGCCUGCGCGAUGAGGGCGAUGGCGGCGGCUCGUCUCCGCGGUGUCCUCUGGCGAGGGGCGGCAGCCCGGCUGUGGGCAGUGCGGGCCGCCGCGGCGGCGCCCCCUGGGACGCGGGCAGCUUCGGAGAUGUCCAAAGACCUGUUACCUGGACCAUACCCCCGAACACCGGAGGAGCGAGCAGCCGCCGCCAAGAAGUACAACAUGCGGGUGGAAGACUACGAGCCCUAUCCUGAUGACGGCUUCGGAUACGGUGACUAUCCCAAGCUUCCCGAUAAGUCUCUUCAUGAGAGAGACCCUUGGUACCAGUGGGACCAGCCAGACCUGAGGCAUAACUGGGGAGAACCGAUGCACUGGGACUUUGACAUGUAUAUUCGGAACCGUGUUGAUACAUCCCCCACUCCAGUUCCCUGGCACACCAUGCGCAAUCACUUACUCACCUUUUUGGGUACCAUGCUGAUCAUGUUUGUUCUUGGAGAGUUCUAUCCAUAUUACAGACCUGUGGGGCCGAAGCAGUAUCCCUUCAACAACCUGUACUUGGAGAGAGGAGGAGACCCCAAUAAAGAGCCACCAGUGGUGACACACUAUGAAAUCUGAAAGUUGAAGCGCUGAUUCUCCUGUGUCAGGAAUGGCAUCUUCUCUAGUGUUCACUGCUAAUGCCUGUUCUUCAAUGUUCAACCACAAAGUGCAGUGAAAUAUAUUGAUAAUAUCUA